UACUUCAAAAAGACAAACGAUUCCUGGGUGUCAAUAGAGUCACUUGUGAUUGAUAAAGACUUCGCCGAGAUGGCCGCUUUGCAAGCGGAAUUCCCAGCAGCUUCGGUAUUUUUAUGCCAAUUUCACGCUUUGCGCUACAUUCGCCGGAUACUUGGUAGUCGAGGGUACUUUGUGCCCUUAAAACUACGUGAUGAAGUCGAAGAGCUAUUCCGCUCACUGAUUUAU